CCGGGAGCUGUACGGUUGGGAAGGCUCGGCAUGGCUCGGCAUGGCUCAGGGCGCGGGCGAAGUUCCUUCAGCUGUUCCUUCGCUCGUCGAGUGGCUGGAGGAUGAAGGCAAUCAGAGGAGGAUGCCUGAUUUGGACAGAGGAAGCGCUGGCAGCAGACAAGCUUUGGUUGGUGGAACUCAGCUGGAAAUAGACUUAUCACCAGAUCCAGAUGUCAGCAGUGCUAGUAGCAAGGGUCCAAAGGAAACGACUUCCUCUCUGAGGGAGGACGGCAGAAGGGGAAACAUGAUCUCCGCUUCAGAGGACUUGGAUCCGGUCGGUCCACUGGAAGCGGAACACCGAGUAGGAGCUGCACUGGAAGCGCUUGCUGAAGGCGCUUCGGCCACAGGUCCGGGCAGCAAAGGCCCUGCGGUGCCCGGCAAAGGUGGAACAUCAGCAGAGGAAGCUGGGAAGGCUGACGACACACCUGCCAGCACUGCCCCGAAAGCUGGCAAAGGCCUCCCCAAACCAACCAAAGAUGGAGAUGCCGCAUCUGAGGAUGAAGGAGAAGCAGCUACAGCAGGAGAAGCAGCAGCUGCAGAAGACGUUAAUGCUAGCCACAGCAGCCUGACUGGCAAAGGUCCAGCGAAGGGCAAGAGCAAAGGCCCCCCGCCACCCACAGGUGGACAAGUCGCCGCAGAAGGUGGAGGAGAAGCAGCUACAGCAGAAGGAGGAGCUGCAGAAGAUGUUAAUGCUGGCCCCAGAAGCCCGACUGGCAAAGGUCCAGCAAAGGGCAAGAGCAAAGGCCCCCCGCCACCCAAAGGUGGACAAGUCGCCACAGAAGCUGGAGGAGAAGCAGCUACAGCAGAAGGAGGAGCUGCAGAAGAUGUUAAUGCUGGCCCCAGCAGCCCGGCUGGCAAAGGUCCAGCGAAGGGCAAGAGCAAAGGCCCCCCGCCACCCACAGGUGGACAAGUCGCCACAGAAGGUGGAGGAGAAGCAGCUACAGCAGAAGCAGGAGCUGCAGAAGAUGUUAACGCUGGCCCCAGAAGCCCGGCUGGCAAAGGUCCAGCGAAGGGCAAGAGCAAAGGCCCCGCGCCACCCAAAGGUGGACAAGUCGCCACAGAAGCUGGAGGAGAAGCAGCUACAGCAGAAGGAGGAGCUGCAGAAGAUGUUAACGCUGGCCCCAGAAGCCCGGCUGGCAAAGGUCCAGCGAAGGGCAAGAACAAAGGCCCCCGGCCACCCACAGGUGGACAAGUCGCUACAGAAGGUGGAGGAGAAGCAGCUACAGCAGAAGCAGGAGCUGCAGAAGAUGUUAACGCUGGCCCCAGCAGCCCGACUGGCAAAGGUCCAGCAAAGGGCAAGAGCAAAGGCCCCCCGCCACCCAGCAAAAGUGGAACAUCAGCCACAGAGGAAGCAGGGAAGGCUGCCGACGAUUCGCCUACCACCAGUCCUGCCCUGCCAGCUGGAAAAGGUCCAGCAAAGGGCAAGAGCAAAGGCCCCCCCGCCGCCCAGCAAAGGUAUUGACAGCAGUACUCCUCCUGAACCUGAGGCUGGCAAAGUGGGGAAGGGGCCUGCCAAAGGCAAAGGGCCUGCUGGCAAGGGAAAAGGCAAAGGCAAGGGAAAGGAGGAGCUGAAGUUAAGGAAGCCGAAGAUCAAGCCAUCGCAGAACAUGAAGCAGCUUUGGUGGACCCGGUUCUUGCUGGGGAAGCACCUCAAGGAGGGUGAAACCAUCUGGGACCUACCAGGGGAGGAGGAGAUCCAGCUGCAGAUCCACGUCAUCGAGAACCGCUUCGGCCGCGGCUCCACGUCCCACCCCGCCGAGGAAAAGACCACGGCCAAAAAAGAGAAGGAGACGCUGAAGGCGAUCCGGAUCAUCACAGAUCCCAACUUGAUCGUUGGCAAGGAAGCGGCCCUCCGGAACCUGCCUUCUGCACAGAGCGUGGCCACGGCGCUCUCGAAGCUGGACGCCUUGGUGCUUUGUCCUUCGCACCUGGCCGUGAUCAAAGAGCAUGCUUGUCCUCAGCCAGCCCAGGUGGCACAGCUGGAGGAAUCGAUUCGGGAAAACCCGGGCGUUCCGCUGGCCUUACCCGAGGAGUACAUGUGGCAGAUCAGCCGAAUUCCAGCCUAUCAGGCUCGGGUCUCCUGUUGGAACUUCCUCAUCAGCUACAAGGAGACAGUGACCUCAUGCGGCUCCAUGUUUAGCGAGUUCGGGAAGAUCCAGCGGGCGGUGCGGAAGUCGCAGAUGCUGCAGAAGCUCCUCGCACUGAUCCUGGAGGUCGGCAACUACUUGAACGGUGGCACCGAACGUGGACAGGCGGAUGGCUUUGACCUGGAGACCUUGGGAAAGUUGGAUUCCGUGAAGGACAACGUCGCUCAGUCUCGGGACGCUCGACACUUGAUCUUCGAAAUGUUCUUCUGCGGCGCCCAGGAGUUCGGCCAACUCGCCAAGGAGGACCACCUGCGCUUCUACGACCGCGGCGAACAGCUGUUGGAGGAGCUUGGCCCCUUGAUGAAGAGCGUGAGCCGUGCGGUGCAACGCGACUCCGAGGGAACCUUGAAGAUGAUGAAGAACGUCAGGGUCGGCUUGGAAGAGGCAGAGGAAAGCCUACGGGAGCUGAACCAACAGCUGACGGAGCAGCUGGAGGCGCUGCAGAUGGCGCUGGAACUCACCGAUGACCCGGCGGAUCCCUUGAAGCUGCACAUGGCGGUGGAGCUGUCAACGGCCAAAGCGGAGAUCAAAGCCUUGGAAGAGCAGGGCACCACGUGUCGAGAAGACUAUGGGAAGCUCAUGAAGUUCUUCAAUCACACGGGUAUGAAGAGUAGCGACUUCAUCUUGCUCUGGGACAAUCUCCUCAUUCCGGAGGACCUGAUGCUUGCUAUCCCGCUUUCCACGCUGAAGAAGUACAUCUUCCCACGCUUCUGCGCGCCCUCGGUGAUUCCCAACUUGCACGACCUGCUGCUUCUUUGGGGCUUCCGGGCCGCCGAGCAGAAACCACCACGCAAGAGCCAAAGGGUACGCCGCAAGCGCCGAGACCGCGUGCCUACCCCGGCCACCGAUGUCAUGGCGGUGGUCACCGUGCACCGCUUCGGCGCCAAAUGGCUGGGCGCCGCCCGCAGGAAGCGCACCUUGACGUAAGCUGCGCACCUUGACGUAAGCUGCGCUCCGCCCUCUGCCGCUCCCUCUCCCGCUCGGUGAGGCAGUGAACGCCGGCAAUCCCAAUUGACAUUGUAAAGAUACACUUAGUAAUAUGGCCAACCACAUCUUGCCUCUGAAGCGCGGCCAGAUGAUGUGCCCCCGCUGGAGACAGCAGCUUUGUCUGAGACAGCGGCGAAUGCCGGAUUUGCCCAGAAUGCGUUGGCUCUUUCGCAUGCGUUUGAGGCCAAAAGAAGAUGGGUCAAGCAGUUCAGUUCGGCAUUCACGAUCCGGGACUUGAAUGAUCAACUCCAGUAUGAGGUCAGGAACUCCUGACCUGCAAAAAGGGGAGGGACAAAUGUGGUUCAAUCUGUCCACCGCACUGUGCAACACUCAG